AUGAAUGGUGAUGUCGAGGGGGAGCAUCAUGAAGAUAAUUUUGUCGAGGGGGAGCAAAAUGAUGAUCAAAACGAAAAUUUUCAUAAUACAACUGAUAAUGUAUCUAUUGCAGGUUUAGAGAAUGAUGAACCACUCGAAGAUGCACCGUUGGAUUUUGAUCCAACAUAUCCUCCUUUGGAUAGAUGGACUCGAAAUCAUCCACAUGAACAAAUUCUUGGUGAUCCACAAGAUGGAGUAUUAACAAGGGCUCAGAUUCGUGCAAAGAAUGAGGUACUCAAUACUCACCAGGAAUUUUUCAAGGCUGCUAUGGAACAUCCUGAUUGGGUUGUUUCUACGCAAUCUGAGUUUGCUGAAUUCGAAAGAAAUAAGGUAUUAGUGAAGAUUUUUGGUGGUUCAUGCUUGCUGCUUGAGGGAAAGGUCUCUAGUAUAUCCGAUUAUGACUUUGGGUUCAAAGAGGAUCUUUUCAAAACACCAGAACCCAUAAUAGAACAACCAAUGAUAACCCUGUGUGGAGAAGACAUCAUUUUUCCAGAAAAUAAGUUUACAUAUCUUGAAUUACUUGAAGAUGAGAACUUCAUGAGCAAUCUCUUUGAAGAAUAUAAAGAUAUCUUGCCAAAAGAAACAUCAUCUUCCUCAGAGUUUCCAGAUUUCAAAACAGAUGAUAACAUCGCUAUUAAAGAAAUUUUGUAUCCUUUUGGAACAUUCACAAAAAGUGAUAGCUCGGACAGUUUAAUCUCAGUGGAAGCGGAUCAAAUGAGGCCGAUUUCCAUGAAUUUUACUGAAAUGGAUUUGAAGAAUGUUCAUGGGUUGCAGCCACAGGUAACGAGUGAUCAAAUUCAAGAAACCCGCAUGCAGAAGCUUUCAAGAUACAGGGAUAAGAAGACAAAGAGGAAUUUUGGUCGAAAGAUUAAGUAUGCUUCCAGGAAGGCGUUAGCAGAUGGUCAACCACGGAUCAAAGGAAGGUUUGCCAAGGCUGAAGAAACAGAAGUCUUCAGAAAAGAAUAAGAGAGUGGUAAACGUCAUAAAUCGGCAUUUGGAAGAAACUGGAAUCUUGUAGUUAAAUGUAUAAAUCUUUGUUGAUCUUGGAUGCUGAUUGAGUUGUUUUUUGUUCGGUUUUUUUUGGAUGUUAUUGUAUGAUU